AUACAUGAUUAUAGAUCAGUGAUAGUCAGUGGUGGUUUAGUUAUUUUAAUGAAUGAAUAUUCAGUGAUGGUGAUUGAUGACCAUGUUAGUAUAGCAGGCUGAUAAAAUUAGUUAUCAGAAAGUUAAAUUCAUUUGAAUGUGCAAAUUGUAAUUUUGGUGACUGUCUGUCAGCAUCAGCAGCAGAGCUCGUGAAGGAAUCACCGAUCAAACAGCAUCUCUCUCUCCACUGCAGUAUACACACAAACCGGCUGCUUUUAUCCUGGAUAAAAAAGUUGAAAUCCCCGGUGUAUGAAGCGCAUUUGCAGACAGUAAAGGAAAACAGGGAUUAUAUCGCGUCUUUUGUAAUGGGCCGUGUUUGAGGUCUCCAGAAUCAACAGUGAGCAGGAUGCAUAGAAACACGGCAAGGGAGGCCUUCCUCCUGCUCUUCCUCAUCCUCAGUCUGAUGUGGCCCGUACAGUCAGUGAUCUCAAACUGCGUCAUCAAGCGCGAGGAGGAGAGAUGCAUGGAGCGAAUCGCGCUGCAUGACCCCGGAGAGGACGCUGUGUUUGGCUGUCCAUGGGAAUGGGAUAACUUGACCUGCUGGGAGGCCACCAGGGUCGGUGAUGUUGUGGAAGUCAACUGUCCCGAACUUUUUGAGUUCAUGAGCCCAGACGAGGGUUUCGGUAAGAUCAGCAGAAAUUGCACAGAGGAUGGCUGGGCUGAGCCUUUUCCUCACUAUGUUGAUGCAUGUAUGACCGGCGAAAACGCAACCAAACCUGACAUGUACUAUGCGUCAGUGAAGGCUCUCUAUACGGUGGGUUACAGCACAUCUCUGGUGUCUCUGACCACAGCUAUGGUCAUUCUCUGCAGGUUCAGAAAGCUGCACUGCACCAGGAACUUCAUCCACAUGAACUUGUUUGUGUCUUUCAUCCUGAGAGCGAUCUCUGUGUUCAUCAAAGACGGCGUUCUGUACGCAGAAGAGGACAGCGACCACUGCUUUGUCCAUACUGUGGGCUGUAAGGCAGUGAUGGUCUUCUUUCAUUACUGUGUCAUGUCAAACUACUUCUGGCUCUUCAUCGAGGGUCUCUACCUCUUCACGCUGUUAGUUGAAACCUUCUUUCCUGAGAGACGCUACUUCUACUUUUACACCAUCAUUGGUUGGGGAACCCCCACUAUCUGUGUGACCAUAUGGGCAGUUCUGCGUCUACAUUUUGACGAUUCUGGCUGCUGGGACAUGAAUGAUAACACUGCCCUCUGGUGGGUGAUAAAGGGACCUGUGGUGGCAUCAAUCAUGAUUAACUUUGUGCUCUUCAUUGGAAUAAUCAUAAUCCUGGUGCAGAAGCUUCAAUCUCCAGACAUCGGCGGAAACGAGUCCAGCAUUUACCUCAGCUGUGCACAGAAAUGCUUCAGUGAGCCGAUACAGGCUGCCCAGCAUUCGUGCAGGAUGUCAGAACUUUCUGCCAUCACACUACGUCUGGCGCGAUCCACGCUGCUUCUCAUCCCUCUGUUUGGCAUCCACUACACAGUGUUUGCCUUCUCUCCUGAGGAUUUCAGCAAGCGAGAGAGACUUGUCUUUGAACUGGGCCUGGGAUCCUUUCAGGGCUUUGUGGUGGCCGUGCUGUACUGCUUUCUGAAUGGAGAGUUUCUCCCUAAAGGUGCAGUCGGAGAUAAAGAGGAAAUGGAGGAGCUGGACGGUGAACAGGUACUUUGCUGUGGACCUGAAACAGCAGCGUCACCCUUCGCUAGCGAGCAGUGGGGUCAACGGGGGGACGCAGCUGUCCAUACUGAGCAAGAGCAGCUCGCAGAUCCGCAUGUCCAGCCCGCUGGCCGAGACGGUCAACCUCAACCUGCCCACCUGAGCGCCUGAUUGGCCCAUUCCUCCGCUCGUCCGUGCUUAAAGCCCCCCGCCCUUUCACCAGUCACGAUUAAUUCUAAAUUAAACCUUUGAAUAGUAUUUAUAAACCCAUAUUAAAGAAAAGGGUCGGAUGUGUCAUCCAUCACCCAAUGCUCUUCUGAUUUAUCCGGGGAAAUAUUUAUAGUGCCAAAAUGAUUUUAAACUCACGCAGAGAACAGUUAAAAUUCAUGGGGAAGUGUAUGAGCGCUAAUAUUUGCAUUUCGAAGGCUUUCUAAUUAAUCUGUUCACAAAACAAAUAUGUAAGCUUAAAAGAAUGUUAAAGUAUUUUAUUUAAUUUAAAAGUAAUGCAGUACCUCAUAAACGUCAAACAUGAGGACGCAGCAAAAAUUUUAAGUGAAUUUUUCAUGAUGCAUUAUGAGCCAUUAAUAAUGUGAACUGCCGUUGCUAUAAUAUCGACACAAUGCAUAAACACAAUCCUCUUUAAAUCCAUUUACGGCUGUCAGAUACUGUAAUAGCACAUUGCUUUACUACACGAGAAUGUCAAGCGAGUGUAAUCGUACGACGUCAGACGGGUUACAUUUCAGUGUUAUGUCAAUGGAAACGUAAUAACAUGAAGUGCCAAAACAGUUUUAUCUGCAAACUACUGUGUUUAUGAAAAAAAAAACAUUAUAUAUAUGAGAAAAUGUACAGAUUUAGUGUUAGUCAUACGGAUGUAUUCAAUGAAAUGAUGUUCGCUAUAGAGAGGUUGUAAAACAGUAUUUUUUAUAACCAGCCGCAAGUACGGAGUAUGUCAACAUUACGAUGAUACGUAAAAUGAUCAAUUUUGCUCCAGUUUGCUUUUUUGCUUAAUGACAGGCCAGUGUAUUGUGUUUCUCUCCUCAUUCACAACAAAUACAGCACUAAUGUAAACAAACUGACAAACUAACUAGCUAAAAAUAAUAGCGUUUUUUUUUUUUUAAAUAUGUGUGCAAAGAUGCCCACAAUCCCCUGUGAUUUAUUCGAAAGUGCCUGUUGGUCACAAAAAAAGCUUUGAUGGAUCUACAGUAUUAUAAACAACCUGUGCCAUACAGUAUUAUUCGUAGUUUAGGUAGUUUUUAGUUUCAAUGUACCAAUCGAUACGAUCUUUAAUUUAUACACAGUAAGUCUUAGAGUCUUUUUUGGUAUAAAUAGAUUUCUAGUGCUUUGAGAUGCACAAAUAAAUGCCAUUACGUUAUUAUCAGGUACAUUAUAAAGGUAUUUAGGGCUGAUACAGUAUGCUUAACUGUGAGAGAGGAGAGUAAGUGUUUAAGGAACAGUUCCCACCCAAAAUAAAAAUUCUGUCAUCAUUCAUUUAAAAAAAAUGCUGGGUUUGGUCAAAAAGGGACAAACUUUAUAUUUGACCCAACAAUGGGUUAAAACAACUUAGCACACUGUGCACCUGGACUGGAAGUUGAAUUUACUUUAAAAAUCGGAGGAUAGUUGUUGCCUUGAAAAAAUUUUAGUAAUGUGAACUAAAACAAGAGUACCUGUAACUUAAUUUCAAUUUAAUUCUGCAAGUUUGUUAAACUUAAUUUUAAGUUAAUUUAAAUUGAAAUUUCAAUUGCUCUUUCCAACAUCUCCACUUAGGUAACCGAGUUACUUUUAGUGUUACGCUGGAUUCACACCAAACGCGGUAGAGGCAAAAAAAAUUCACUAUUUGCGCAUAGUUGAACAUUUUGAGUUUACUCGCUUCAUUUGCGUGUGAAAGCUGCGCGUGAAAUUCUAUUCAAUGGGACAUUCAUGCUUAAAUUUGCGUCAUGGGAGGGGUUCCUACGACUUCGCUCGCUCCAUAUGAUCACGUCACUACUAGAGCAAGCUCCUGAUUGGUUAACGCGGCGCGAAUAUCCGCCAAAGUUCAGAUUUUUCUACUCGCAUUUCUCGAGGCAACACUCAAUUUGCGCGGAAAGCGCCCAUUCGCGUUUACUGCGCCGCAGGAUGCUUAUUCGUGUCUUUGCAUUGACUUAACAUGUAAAUCAAUUCCGCCUCUUCCGCGUCUUCUGUAAAUGCCACAUUAUAAAUGGCAUUAUAAUACAAAAUUCAUUACUGACUUUAAGUAAAUACUGUUUUCAUUAGAAAUAUCAAAAAAUUCUUAAAUUAAGAUGCUUUUUCUUGAUGAGCAAAAUGAUCUAAGAAAAUAAGUCUAGUUUAUAGACAAAGUCUUAAGUUAAUUUAAACUUAAAUAAAGCAAAAAUAUCUGCCAAUGGGGUGAGAAAAAAAAGUUUUCUUUUUCUUAAACACUUAAUUUAAAGAAAAUUGAAAGAAAGUCAUCAGUUCUUACACUGCAAAAAAUAAUUUUCAAGAAAAAAAUUAUUCAUAUUUUUGUCUUGUUUUCAGUAAAAAUAUCAAAAAAUUCUGAUGCUUUUUCUUGAUGAGCAACACGACCCAAGAAAAUGUGUCUAGUUUUAGACCAAAAAUAUUAAAUAUAAGUGAUUUUGUGCAUAAAAUAAGCAAAAAAUCUGCCAAUGGAAUAAGCUAAAAAAUCUUGGACAUUUUUCUUAAACACUAAAUUCAAGAAAAAUUCAAGAAAAAUUUGCUUACCCCAUUGGCAGAUUUUUUUCUUGUUUUAUGCACAAAAGUACUUAAAUUUGAUAUUUUUGGUCUAAAAACUAGACUUAUUUCUUCGUUUUGCUCAUCAAGAAAAAGCAUCUUAAUUUAAGAAUAUUUAGAUAUUUUUACUGAAAACAAGACAAAAAUGCUAAGAAUUUUUUCUUGAAAAUCAUUUUUUGCAGUGUUAAAAUUGCCACUUAGUAGGUGUAAACAAAAAUGUUUUUGGGUGUGUCCUUUAAAAUGGAAAUGAGCUGAUCUCUGCACUAAAUGGCAGUGUCGUGGUUGUAUAGUGCAGAUUAAGGGGCGUUAUUAUCCCCUUCUGACAUCACAAGGGGAGCCAAAUUUCAGUGACCUAUUUUUUCACAUGCUUGCAGAGAAUGGUUUACCGAAAUUAAGUUACUGGGUUGAUCUUUUUCACAUUUUCUAGGUUGAUAGAAGCACUGGGAACCCAAUUAUAGCACUUAAACAUGGAAAAAGUCUUCUACGCUAUGACCUCUUUAAGUUCAUUUCAUGUUUUUGUUUAAUGGAUUUAAUAUGCUUAAAAGUUAAAUGAACUAAGAUUUAAGUAUAUGUGCAAAUAAAAUAAAGACAGUAUCUGGUCCAACAGUGCAUAGGUUAAGUUAAAACCCAACAUUUUGGUUGUACAGUGUUCGCUCACCGUGUGUGUGUGACUCCUUUCAACCAUAAAAUGCGAAAGAUGUGUACUAUAGAUGCUCUCUGCUUUUUCACAAAAGAGAGGUUAUCAGUGCCUAUCAAGCUGAUUAAAACACAAUUAAACUCCCUUUUUGUCCCAUAGUUGGAGUUUGAAGUAAAUGAUGACAGAAUCUUUAUAUAUGUGACCCUGUAUGCGAAAUCCAGGCUUUUAUAAUGAGAUGAGGAGUAUUGACCUUACUCAGUCAAUAUUGAAGAUAUCAAGAUUAUAUUUUUACAAAGUGUUCUUUACAUUACGUGUGGGAUGAUUUAGUAAAUAAAAAGCUGUGUUUUCACAGGCAGGGUCACAUGUGAGUGAACUUUAAUGCUAGGAGAGGGAGAGUGUAACCCCAACCCUUUACACGUACAAUCUUUGAUGUCAAACUAAUAAUCCAACCAAAUUUACAGCUUCACCACUGACUGACAAUCACUAUGAGUUGUUGCAUCACUCUGCGCUUUUACAUUUACUCGUUUGAACAAUGUACAAAGUGAACUUACAUAGCAGUGUAAUACAUACAGUGUUUGUUCUCUGGCGUGAUGUUUUAGGGUGUAAUUUCUAUACGUGCCACUAACUGAUGGAUGUACCAGCAUUCUCUCUCUUUACAUCAGCACUUUCAGUCUCAAUCUUUGAUGUAAAUCUUGUAAUUUUUCAGAUAUGAAUGCAAUACGUAUGUGCUUUUUGUUGCAUAGUUGUAUUUUAUAUGGAAACAGAGGUGAAAUGUAAAAGUGAUGGUAAUUCUUUUUGAAAUGUCUGUUUUAUGUGAAGAUUGUAAAAGAUUUACCGUUUUGUGAAAGUGAUGUCAUUUCUGAGGCACCAGCGGCACCAAACACAACUGCAAAAUGAUGGACCCGCCUCCAGACCCGUGUCAUUGGUUGAGCUGGCAAACAGGUGCAAUGUAUGCGCUACAGCUUGCAAAGUUAAAAUAUUUUCUCUUAUCCUAACCUAACCUAACUAUAUGUGCAGAGUCAACUUUGCAUUUGUAUUUGUGGGAGCUAAUGGCACAGAAAUGACUCACUUGAACUAUAACACAAGUUUGAUUUUUUUUCUUUUUUAUUAUGAAAAUAUGAUCACUUUUUUCAGUCAACCUGUAAAUAUUAUUGAUCUUGAAUAAGUUUUCAGUGAUAGUGAACGUGUGACCUAUAAAGACAUAGAGCUUAAUGUUUGGAUAUAUAGUAACAGGAAAGCUGACAUUCCUAUCUGCAUGAAAAAGAGAAAUAUAUUUGCUGCUUUCCGUGUUCUUAACACCAGCUGUCAUUCUGAGUAUACGAGCGCUCAGGAGGGAACGACCAUGAGUCUCAAAGCUGUUACAAACCUGUCGUGUCAGCUGUGGAAAUGUGUUUGUAAUGCAUUUGCCUGCCAGCAGACAGCACUGUGGGUUUUAUUGGUGCGCAGGACACGAGGAAAGGGAUCUCGGGUAAUCGGACGCCUUUGAUCUAUCUCUUCUGUAGGUCUGAAAUGUGCAUUGUGUCUUUAAGAUGUUGUCAUGUGACUAAUAUAAAUCUGAAUGUAACACCUGGCCAACAGCUGUACUGUACAUUCAACUCCGCUGCUUUGUAAAUCUGUCUGCUGUGCUUUCUGCUUAGAUGUAGAAAUGAUGUCUUUGUUUGACCUGUGGACACUUUUUGUACAUGUUUGUUAAAAUCCAUUAUUGACAUACAACUCUUGAAUUCCUG